AAAAACUGAAAAAAAACUUGAUUCGUAUGCUAGCCACGUUGUGAUUCACCGACGAAACGCCAGUUUUCGAUUAUAAAAGGACGAUACCUAGUUUCAUCAUCUUUCCUCACUAAAAAUGGUAUUGGAUUUGGAUCUCUUUCGCAGCGAUAAGGGAGGUAAUCCCGAUGCUGUUCGAAAAAAUCAGGAGAAGCGUUUCAAAGACGUGGCUCUGGUGGAGACCGUCAUUAAUCAAGAUCAAGAGUGGCGUCAAAGACGUCAUCGUGCCGAUAAUCUGAACAAGGUGAAAAAUGUCUGCAGCAAGGUAAUUGGUGAGAAAAUGAAGAAAAAGGAACCCCAGGGCGAUGAGGCCGAAGAUGUUCCGGCAGAAAUCCAGCAAGAUUUGACUGAGCUCAAUGCUGAAAAAUUGGCCCAAUUAACUGUCAAUCAAAUAAAGAAAGUUCGUGUACUGAUUGACCAAGCCAUGGUGGAAAAUGAGAGGCUACUGCAGGAGGCUGAACAGAAACGUAAUCAAGCUUUGCGAGAGGUGGGUAAUCAUUUGCACGAAUCUGUGCCCGUUUCAAAUGACGAGGAUGAGAACAAAGUGGAAAGAACUUUCGGUGAUUGCACUAAGAAAAAUAAAUACUCACAUGUGGAUCUCAUUGUUAUGAUUGAUGGCAUGAAUGCGGAAAAAGGAGCCGUGGUCUCAGGAGGACGUGGAUAUUUCUUAACAGGUCCUGCUGUAUUCCUGGAACAAGCCUUAAUUCAACAUUCUUUACAUCUGCUGUACGCCAAGGACUAUACCCCUCUCUAUACGCCUUUCUUUAUGCGCAAGGAAGUUAUGCAGGAAGUGGCCCAACUGUCGCAGUUCGAUGAAGAGCUUUAUAAGGUGGUUGGCAAGGGCAGUGAAAAGGCCGAAGAGGGUGGUGUUGAUGAAAAAUAUCUCAUUGCCACCUCGGAACAACCAAUUGCCGCCUACCAUCGUGAUGAAUGGCUGCCAGAGGCUUCAUUGCCCAUUAAAUAUGCCGGUCUCUCAACAUGCUUCCGUCAAGAGGUGGGUUCCCAUGGACGUGACACUCGCGGCAUUUUCCGUGUCCAUCAAUUCGAGAAGGUGGAACAAUUCGUUUUGACCUCUCCCCAUGACAAUAAAUCUUGGGAAAUGAUGGACGAAAUGAUAGGUAAUGCCGAAGCCUUCUGUCAAUCCCUGGGCAUUCCAUAUCGUAUUGUUAAUAUUGUUUCGGGAGCCCUCAACCAUGCUGCCUCUAAGAAACUCGACCUUGAGGCUUGGUUUGCAGGCAGCAGUGCAUUCCGUGAAUUGGUCUCUUGCUCAAAUUGCUUAGACUAUCAGGCUAGGCGAUUGCUGGUGCGUUAUGGUCAAACAAAGAAAAUGAAUGCUGCUGUCGACUAUGUGCAUAUGUUAAAUGCUACCAUGUGUGCCACCACCCGUGUCAUUUGCGCCAUCCUUGAGACACAUCAAACGGAAACGGGAGUAAAAGUUCCUGAACCCCUUAAGAAAUACAUGCCAGCAAAAUAUCAAGAUGAAAUUCCAUUUGUCAAGCCUGCUCCCAUCGAUGUUGAGGCAGCUGCAGCUAAUACCAAGAAAGCUGGCAAGGGCAACAAAAAGGAUGCGGCAGCCGCCUAAAUUAAUUAACACACACACACACACAAACAUAGUUUAAGUUCUAUUUACAAAGGUAAUGCAGCAUUUUUUACACUCAUACGCUUAACGUAAUUCAAUUGGAAUCGUCGGCUUUAUAUGAAAAUAUGAAUUUGGGAGGACUUGGUUUUAAAUCAUUAAAAACUUUUGUAGGCAUCUUUAAAUUAUUAUUAACUCAUUUCGUCAACAUUUUUAAGUAUUACAUAAUACACAAUAAAUGUAUCCAAUAAAUUGAUCCUCCAGCAAACGGAAAAAAGACAUAUAAA